CCGGUAAAUUGGAGUCUCUAUCCACACACGAAGACAGCUGCUUUGAUUUUGUUCGGGGUGUUACAUCACAACCACCAAGUAAAAUCGGCUCAAAAACAGUUGCGACACCGCAAAACGAGAAGAUGGCAAACUUUUUCCAAUCAUUCAUGUCCAACCUUCGUAUUUUCCCUGUGGUGAAGGCCCAAGAGGAGGAAGAAGAGCUCGUUGACCAACAAGAUGCUCUAAGGACGAAAUGUCGCGAGGAAAAUGGACAUGCAAAACACUUGUGGGAGAAAUACCAAGGAUGCAAUGACCGCGUCAACAGCAAGACCCAAACGUCGGAAACGUGCGUCGAGGAGCUCGUGGAUUAUUUGCACGCCUUGGAUCACUGCGUCUCUGCCACACUUUUCAAAAAACUAAAGUAAAUUAAACCGAAAAUGGACAAAUGGUGUGAAUGCAAAACAACUUCAUAGCAAGAAAAUAAACAAAAAAGUUAUAUAAAUAUUACCAACCAUCAUUUUCUGAUGUCUUCAGAGUCAACUUACGAGAUGCUAAUAAAUUAAAAAUAAAUUGUAGAAAAUUCAACGUCAA